AUGUUGGCCGCGCCCCCGGGGAACUCCUCCCACAGCAGCUUUGUGUUCCGCGGGUUCCCGGCGCUGCGGCAGCACCGCUGGCUGCUGGCGCUGCCGCUCAGCGCCGCCUACCUGGCGGUGGUGCUGGGCAACGGCGCGCUGCUGCUCCUGAUCCGGCGCUGCUCGGCGCUGCACGGGCCCAUGUACCUGCUGCUGGCGGCGCUGUGCGUGGUGGACGUGCUGUCGGCCAGCGCCGUGGCGCCCGGCCUGCUGCUCGGCCUCGUCUUCGGCCGCGACCGCAUCUCUCUGGCCGGCUGCCUGACCCAGAUGUUCUUCACCCACUUCCUGUCGUCUCUGGAGUCCACGCUGCUGCUGGCCAUGGCGCUGGACCGCUACGCCGCCAUCUGCCUCCCGCUGCGCUACUCCGAGCUGGUGGGCGCGUCCGCCGCCGCCAAGCUGCUGCUCUUCGCUCUGCUGCGCAGCGGCGGCGUCAUGGCGACGCUGGUCGCCUUGGCGGCUUCUCUAAGCUUCUGCGGCUCCAACGCCAUCCGCCACUGCUACUGCGACCACAUGGCGCUGGUCAGCCUGGCGUGCGGCGACACGGCGGCGAGCGGCGCGGCGGGCCUCGCCGUGAUCGUCUGCUUCGUGGGCGUGGACAUCCCGCUCAUCUUCCUGUCCUACGUCAAGAUCCUGAGCGCCGUCUGCAGGGCGGCGGGCGGCGGCGAGGAGCGCAGGAAGGCCUUCCACACCUGCGGAACUCACCUGAUGGUCAUGAUGUGCUUCUACCUGGUGGGCAGCGUCAGCUUCCUGUCCCGCAACCUCAGCAUCCCCAUCCCCACGGACGCCAACAGCGCCUUGGGGCUGCUGUACAUCCUGCUGCCCGCCGCCGCCAACCCCGUCGUCUACGGCGCCCGGACCAAGGAGAUACGCAGCGCCGCGCUGAGGGUCCUGAGGCCCCGGAAGUGACCGCGCUGAGGGUUCUCCAGCUGGAGGAACACUAACGGGACUGAGGGUUCUCCAGCUGGAGGAACACUAACGGGACUGAGGGUUCUCCAGCUGGAGGAACACUAACGGGACUGAGGGUUCUCCAGCUGGAGGAACACUAACGGGACUGAGGGUUCUCCAGCUGGAGGAACACUAACGGGACUGAGGGUUCUCCAGCUGGAGGAACACUAACGGGACUGAGGG